GUCCCGCGGCCGGGCAGUGGGGCCAGAGUCGAUGGGCGCCCGACCCAGGCCCCGGGAGGCGCGCUGGGAGCUCCGGGCGCAGGACAGCAAUCUUCGGCCCCCAAGCCCCCUGUCCGCGGCCCCUGUCCGCGGGUGCUGCCCGCCGCCCCAGUCCGCACAGCAGCAGGCACGGACAGAGUCUCGGAACCGGGAUGCGACCUCAGCAGCGGGCCAGGCUGGGAAUCCUGGCGCCCUGGCGGGAAGCUUCGACAUCCUCAUCUGCGAAAUGCGUUGAUCGUGCCUCCCACCCCUGGCGGUGGAUCUGCGCAGAGGAUCCGAGCGUGGCAUUUUUAAUUGCUCAGGGCAGGCCAGCGUGUGUAAUUAGGAUUAUUCGUGCCCAUGCUGGGCAAGAAGGGGGUUGGUGCCUGGAGCGGGGACAUCUGAACUGGUCUUUGAGGAGGUGGAGGAUUUCAUUAGGUGGAGAAUGGACAGAAGGGUGUUCCAGUUUGAGGGAACAGAAUGGGCAAAGGCACGUUUCCAUAGUUUGCAUUAAAAAAUAACUGAAGAGGAUCAAGAAGAAGCAGUCUUUCGAGAAGUGGUCAGUUUUACCCCAGACCCUUUGCCAGUUCGAUAUUAUGACAAGGACACCACCAAACCCAUCAGCUUUUACAUGUCUUCCCUGGAGGAACUCUUGGCAUGGACGCCCGACGUGGAGGACAGCUUUAAUGUGGCCUUAGGGCCCCCCGAGUGUCGGCAGCCCCCUCUGAGCAGCAGGAGGCCCCGGACUUUGAUGUGCCAUGACAUGAUGGGCGGGUACCUGGAUGACAAGUUUAUUCAGGGCUCAGCCGCGCAGAGCCCCUAUUCCUUCUACCACUGGCAGUACAUCGACAUCUUUGUGUACUUCAGCCAUCACACGGUCACCAUCCCCCCGGUAGGCUGGACCAACGCUGCCCACAGACAUGGGGUCUGUGUGCUGGGGACUUUCAUCACCGAAUGGAAAGAAGGGGAGCGGCUCUGUGAGGCCUUCCUGGCUGGGGACGAGCGCUCAUACCGGGCGGUGGCCCAUCAGCUGGUCCUGAUUGCCCAGUUUUUCCGAUUCGAUGGCUGGCUGAUCAACAUCGAGAACUCUCUGAGUCUGGCCGCCGUGGGGAACGUGCCCCACUUCCUCCGGUACCUGACCACUCAGCUGCAUCAACAGGUCCCCAGGGGCCUGGUGCUCUGGUAUGACAGCGUGGUGAGCAGUGGGCAACUCACGUGGCAGGAUGAGCUCAACGAGCACAACAGGGUCUUCUUCGAUUCCUGCGAUGGCUUCUUCACCAACUAUAACUGGCGAGAGGAGCAUCUGGAGCGGAUGCUGGGGCAGGCGGGGGAGCGCCUGGCCGACGUGUACGUGGGAGUGGAUGUGUUCGCCCGGGGCAAUGUCGUCGGGGGCCGGUUCGACACGGACAAGUCACUGGAGCUGAUCCGGAAGCACGGGUUCUCGGUGGCUCUGUUCGCACCUGGCUGGGUGUACGAGUGUUUGGAGAAGGGGGAUUUCUUCCAGAACCAGGACAAGUUCUGGAGUUUGCUGGAACGCUAUCUGCCCACGCACAGUAUCUGCUCCUUGCCCUUUGUCACUUCCUUCUGCCUGGGCAUGGGGACUCGAAGAGUCUGCUAUGGCCAGGAGGAGGCCGUGGGGCCCUGGUACCACCUGAGCGCCCAGGAAAUCCAGCCCCUGUUUGGAGAGCACAGGCUGCAAGGGGACGGACGGGGCUGGGUGAAGAUGCACUGCUGCCUGGCGGACGCCUGGAACGGGGGCAGCUCUCUGGUUAUCCGGGGGCUGAUUCCGCCCGAGGUUGGAAACGUGGCUGUGAGACCUGCGGCUGGCCUCGCCGGGCAGCCCGCUGCCCCUCCCUGUCCUGGAGGGAGAAGUUGGCGGACGGGACCCGGAACAGUCCCGCUUCCCAGCGGUUUCCCUGUGGCCUCUCAUCACAGGACCUCCCUCCUCCAGGUUAUUCUCCCUGCAGCAGAAACGAGCUCAAGGCGCAGUCCCCGACCCCUCCGGGUGCCCCCGACCAAGCUGGCCAAAUGGGUGGGCCGCUGCGGCCAGCAGCUCAGCGGGGGCUGGGUCCAGCGCUGCUACGAAGUGAAUCUGCGGGGCUGCCUCCUGCAGGCCCUCUUCGUUAAUUUCUCCCGGCCUCCGGGCAGCCAGGAGGAGGAGAACUUCAUCUGUCGCCUUGGAGAGAUCCAGGUGGUGGAUGCCAGUAGCCUGCUGACGCCUCUGCCUCAGGUGCAGGCCGUGACUGUCUCGCAGGUGCGCUGGCAGCUGGCCGCCUCCGAGGGGGAGAGCGGCGCCGCUGGGCUCCGGCUCAGCUGUACCCUGCACUGGGCCUACCUCCUCCCUCACGUCCGAUGCUUCCGGAUCCACUGCUGUCGAGGGUCAGGAGGUGACUCUCCUUGCAGGGGGCCGUCGGAGCCAGAGAGGCCCACGCUCCUGGGCCUGGCUUUUGUCAACCGGUAUCGGAUAGUGGACCUGGCAGUGGCAGCCGCAGAGACUGGCCGGGAUGGCCGUGUGGAGUUCCUGGUGGAGCCCAUCCCCAAGGAGGGGUUUCUGGUACCGCGGGCCAAGUGGGGCAGGGCGGCCAUGCUGUACUCCACGCCCCGCACAUGAGCGACCAUUAAAGCACAGACUCCCACCUCAGGGAUAAGGCUUCUUCCGCACUGGGGCCUCACACGUGUGCGGGGAAGGCCCGGGUCCCAAGGGCUGGGCCAGAUCAUGGGCCCCGGAAGGCUGUGGGCUGUGGCUCUUCGCUGGGGCACUGGGAUAGGAAAACUGAGAAGUCAGUUUGCUGAGUUGAUAAUUCCAGGGGUGAAUGGACCCCCCCCCAACCUUUUUGUCUAAUCCCUCUCCGUAGUAUACAGUUUCCGGGUACAAGUGAAAAGAUUUGGGAAAAUUUAGUCUAGAAAAUUCCAUAAAGGGUAUUGCCUAAUAGGCUGAAAGACGCUUAUGCUGACAAUGGUGACCUUUUAUUCCUGCAGUUGGGACAAUUAGGAACGAGCUUAAUUGUGGCGAGAGGACCUCGGAGUAGGGCCUUGAGACGCUUCCAAGGCUGGGAAUGAUAGAGGGGCCCUGAUGGGGGAGCAGAGCAGCAGGGUUGGGGGGGGGGCCAGUAGCUCAGGAACAGUGGCCCCUGCAAGUGCUGAGAGGGUGUCCCGGGGGACCUCUUCCCCCGGAAUGGGAGCCCCAGGCCAGGCUGCGCCAGGUCACACCAGCCCCAGGCAGGGCAGGCACCCGGGCCAGACCACCUCGUGUCCUGGCUUUCCCGGUUUACCGUCCCCCUGAGCCAGAGCCACUUCUGGAGCAUUCCCAUCGGCCCUGUGUCCUGCUUCGUCUCUUCCGGGUCGUAGGUGCAAGCUAGUGAGCCCAGUGAGCUCGGGCAGCAGGAGGCUGGGCAGGGCCCGGGAAGGCCCUCGGGGGGCACCCAGCAGCCCCCCAGUCCUGUGUGCGGGCUCCGGGCCACCUCCGUCACACCCUCCGGCUCCGCCACUCCCUUGAGCAGGUGUUAGUCCAGAGCAUCAGGGCAUCGGGAUAGCGGCCCUCCCCACUGUGGUCCCUUCCUCCCGCUUCCUUCUCUCUCCCAGCACCUCCCUCCUUCCUCUGCCCAGCGCUCUGCACGGGGAGGAGGGGGGUAGGCGAGCCAGAGAUGGCUUCUCCAGCCACACAGCUCCCUUGUUGACACCUGGGCCGCUGCAGUGGCUUCCCGGACGGGGUCUCUUGACCCCUCAGCCUUGGGUAACCCUGCUGCCCUGCCCUCUCCGGGCCUGAGUGGGCUGUGCCCUGACCCUUUGAUGAAGGCCGUCAGCCCCUCGUUCUUGGGGUCUCUCACCCCCAGGCCUCAUAGGCCAACGAUGGGGGUUACUUUCCUGUUCCUCUUGUCCUCCCCCUGUGCUACUUGAUGUGGACGAUGCCGAGGGCCAGGACCCUCUGGGGUGACCUCCCAGCUGGAGGGUUGGCCUCCUGUGCCACGCAGGGUCAGCAGACUUGAUUUUACGCCGCAGUGAAGGAAGAGGCCGCCAGGCGGCAGUGCAGCCACACAGCAUCCAUCCUGGUCCUCGGAAUUCGGAGAGGACCGCAGGACGCGGAGGGGUUCUCCUUCCGGGGCCGACGUUCGCCUCUGUCUCCGUCUCCACCUGCCCUGCUUCCCGGGUGCCCACAUGCCCCUUUCCCAGCCCGACGCAGGACCUCUGGUUCUACGUCUUUCCUAAUUGGGAACGUUUUACUCUUCAUGCCCCACACGUGUGGCCCAGCUCAGUCUCAGGCCGGGAAUAGGUUUGUCUGAGAAGGGGGAAGAGGGUUCCUGCGGGCCAGAAAGACACCUCCACUGGCUGACCCUGAACAGGUCUCCCAGCACCCCCGAUUCUCCCUGUGAAUCUGGAGCGUCAGGAGACUGUCAAGGUUGGGGAACCGCUCCCUUGACUCCCCCUGGAAUGCUUUGAGUCCCCCCCCCCGUUUGGAACUGGGGGGAACUGGGGUGGGGGCUCCUGGCUCCUCCCAUCCCAGUUCCCAGAGGUGGCGGUUGGGUGGGGGGGCAGGACCGGGCACCCGGAAGUGGGCAGCACAGCUGUAAUGCCCCGCUGCUCUUAUUUCAGGAGGCUUUUUUUUUUUUUAAAGUGCUGGUUUCCCGAAUAUUUUAUGCAGAGAAGGAAGGAAAAUUUAUAGUGGCAAUUAUUUUCUCACGGUCUGGUGAGCAAGCAAUUAGAAAAAAGGGGGUUUAGCAGAGCAUGGCGUGCUGCGGGAUCGCACAGCCCCAGCUUCCCAAGAGCACGGUCCCCAGUCCCACUGACGGUAAAGGCUCGUAUGCAGGAAAAUAAUAUGUCGGCGUUUAAGCCUGUGCCCCUCUGGCGUGUGUAAUCGCUCCGAAAUAAAUGAUCCGACGCUGUGAAAAGUCAAGAACGCAGGUCUUGGUGAGAUGUGGGGCGGACAGCGUGUCUCAGGUUUGGAAGCUGCCCCCAUCGCAGCCCCCAGCCCAAGGCUUUCAAGCUCUUGGUUUGGAUUCUGCUGCUUCCCUUCCCAGCUCUCCCUCCUCUUCUG